GUGCAGCACAUACUUCUACCGUUCCCUGUCUCAUCUACACAUCCUCCCGUACUACAGCCCAGUAGAUGGUAGGAAAAUGUGCGAUUAUCUGCCAUGCAAGAGGAAGAACGGUGAGGAUGACCGCAACGGUUGGCACAAAGUUGCCUAGUGGUUGCACCCUGGUAAUCGGAGGCGAACGACACAUUCACUCGAAGAUUCUAUAACUGAUUUAAUGUUAAUGAUGGGAGUGUAUCGUAAGACCCCUCUGUUAGUUACAGGGUUCCUUGUUGGUGCAGUCGUAGUUUACCAGGUGACCUACUCCCUCAGGGACAAGACCAAGGAUGUUGUUCCUGCCCCCAAGGCUCCCGCUGUUGCUCCAGUAGCUCAACCAAACCAGGCUGGAGACGCCAAUCUGAGAGGAGCUGAGGAAGACGGAAUCACAAUUCAGUUUGAGAAGACGGAAGGUUACACCACUCAUGGCAAAAAGAUCACAGUCCAGAAGAGAGUAGACUUCCCAGUUGCUGGUUUCUCGAGACACAGUCACAUUGGAAAGUUGAGUUUGCCACUGGUCAUCAAGAAAUUCUCAUUCGAAGACAAGACACUCAAGGGUAUUCCAUCUGACCUGAACGUCAUCAACUCCUCUGUUUACUUCAAGACUGGUCUCAAGGAGCCCGUCCUCGUUGAACUCUACAAGUACUCACCUGAUGGACACAACACCUCUGUCCACUUCUUCACCAAAGGUGCCAAUGAAACCUGGGAGGAGUUCUUCUUUAACAGCAGUACCACUCUCACUGGGAAGCUUAACGAGUUGACUGGUACUCCUUCUGCUGGUCAAGGUGAAGCCGAAAGAGGAGCUGGCGGUGAACCUGGUAAGGCUGAAGACGCUGCAGCUAAGGCUGCUGGAGGCGCAGCUUCUAGUCCUCAACAAGCUGCUGGAGCUGGACCAAGUGCUGAGGCCAAUGUUGGUGGUAGUGCUAAGGGCCCUGGUGGUCAAGGUGGGGAUGCAACUGUUCCAGGUUCUGGUACUACAACUACUCAGAUCCAAACCGGUACAACUUCCACAGAAACUGGUGUACAAGGAGCACAAGUUCAAUCUACAUCCCAUCCUCAAUCUUCAGGUGAGCAAGUUGUUGCAAAGCCUUCAUCUGGAGGGGGUGAUACUCCAGGAGCUCAAGCAGAAGCCUCUUUAGGCUCCGGUUCUGUUGCAGGGUCAAGUGUAACUAAUACUGCUGCGACCAGAACAGACUCCGCCGGCCCUGGAUCUACUCAACCUGGUAAUACCGUUGCUUCAGCCGGAACUGGGUCCGUUAGCUCUGAACAAGGCACUGGAGCUGCCGAUAGAUCAAGUGGGACACCAUCUUCCGUAACACCAAGUGCUUCCACUGUACCUGCUCAGCCAACCCAAGUACCUGCAAGCCCAGUUUCCGGUCCAGGAUCUACUUAA